AUGGCCUCGUCAGGAAAUGUGGAUCAUAUCUCCGCUGAAUCCAAGACUCAUUCAAUAUCAUGGACUGCUGAGGAUGCGCAGCAGGUCAGGAUUUACUUCAAAGUGUUCCACAGCCAAAUACUACAGACUGCUGGCAUCGUGGAAAGCAUAGUCACACAUGCUCAUCGCGUAUCGUCCAUCGAAACGGCUACACUGGCAAGAGUCAGUAGGACUUUCACGGAUCCAGCUUUGAACGCUCUAUGGAGACACCUUGAAAGCUUCCUCCCGCUGCUCAAAUUGUUCUCUGGACUGAACAGCGUUACCUUGGAAUGUACGCAAACUGAGGAGGGAUGUUUGGCGAGUGUAUACUACCUAACGAAUAACAUUCUCCCUGCAGAAUGGGAUCGGUUCCAGGCACAUAUUGGACGCGUGCGCAAGAUCGGCAACCACUCAGAUCUGGAACGCGCUAUAAUCAUCCACCCGUCUGUGUACCAGCAGCUCUACUUGAAGAACAGGUGCAUGGCGCUUCUGCCUCAUGUCAACGAGACUUGUUGGCAUCCCGCAUCAAUCCUGGAUACCGAACUACUCUUCAUAGUUCCUCGGUCGCUCGAGGCGCUGGCAAUCGACGUUCGGCGGGCAUACUUCCCGUUGUCUUUGGACGCAUUUAUAGGGAAAGGCGCCGGGCUGAAUAAAGACUUCGGGGUGCAGCUGAGGCAGAUGCUGCAGCUGACACCAACCCUGAGACUGUUAACUGUAUCCGGCGUAGGAUACGCCGCGCUGGCAGCAUCCGUAUCAACAUGCUCGCAUUUGCGCACCCUGCGUGUAGUCACUCACGGGGAACAUAAUACGGACGCUGAACUGGAUAUCACUUUCCUCCAGGCUAUCCAGUCCCUCGAGUACCUAGCGCAACUCCGGCUCAAAUGGGUUUCAAUGCCUGAUUCUCCUAUCUUCCAGUCAUAUCCGCUCGCCGCCUUACAAGAGCUCUCGAUUCAUGGUGAUACGCAGUCCUUGGAGAGACUACUGGCCAUCUUGGAACUGCCCAUGAUCCGGUCUCUUUACUUGACUACAUACCCAUACGUGCGAACCGACGAAGCAGACAUCAUCCUUCUGCAGUAUCAUGAAUUCUUUGCUGCCGUUGCCGCUACAACCUUGUCCACUCUCACGUUUCUGGACGUGUGCGUGCCGGAAGAAUGGGGAAGCUAUCCGGAGGACGGUUCGGAGGCGAACUUGCGCUUCUCGCUGCGUGGGUUGAUCAAACCACUGUUUCAACUGAAGAGGCUGAAGAAGCUCAAGUUGGCGGUCACAGCGUCCCUAUCAGUAUCCCCCGAGGACAUCCGCAGCGUAGCCAAUGCCUGGCCUGGCCUGAAGUCGCUAGUGCUCUGUCCGUGUGGUCAACGCUCCUCCGUUAGCUCCCUCGUCCCAUUCGCUCGACAUCUGCCGCUCUUGGAAACACUCUCCCUGCAGAACUUUAAUAUAGACAGCAUUGAAGAUCGGCAAGCUUGUCAAGCCAUGCCGCAUCCACUGGAGCACAUUGCGCUCUUGGGGUUGGGCGAUAAGUACGAUGUCGUCAAAUUGGCUAAGCUCAUAAACUAUCUGUUUCCUGGCGCGGACGCCAUGUUCCCGCACGAGGACUCUUUGUGGCGCCGGGUUUCCGGACUUCUCACUCGGCCGCAGGUAACUCGCGGGAGGAGGCAGGGCGGCCACAACACGGAAGUACUUGUAGCCAUAUGCGACCAACUUGGAGGCCCAUGGACCACGAUAUGA